AGAACCACGAGCACCGCACCAAACUCCAGCCUGAAUGCGAGAGCUGACCAAUGAAAGCGGAGAAAUAGAAAUAACGGUAGAGGCUGCUGCUAGACUGACAAUGUCACUCAAGAAACGGGAUUAGCAUUAUAACAUCGCUCCGUCGAAGUCAAAUUACGACGUUAUUUGGAUGGAAAACCAAUGGUUAGAAAGCGUCCAGAAAACGUCAUUUUUGGUCUAAUGACCAUAUACGGAAAGCAACGACGUUAUCGUGUUUGCGGUGCAUAGGAAUUUAAUUUGGGGCGCCUCUAUGAAUUCGGAAGACGCAUUCGAUGGAAGGAGGGGUGGACACUUCGGAACUGCAGGUCAUUUUACGUAAAAGCACGGCAACGACCAGGCGUUUCUUAUAUUACUCUUCAGCGUGAGAAGCUUGGAGAUCCGCUGCAGCAUAUAAAUGUCCUUGUUUGACACUCAAAGGUUCCGUUGCAUGAAUGAUGUCAGGUGAGAAGGAACUAAUCAAAGACGACACCGGGGUGUUUGCUCUUUUAGAGACUGGAAAGUCAGAUAGGGACAAAGCGGACUUCGAGGAAAAUGGACUUCUGACACAUUUGGAUGACCUGUCGGUCGAGGAGGAGGAAAGAGAAGAAGAGAGAGAAGAUGAGGAGGAGUUUCGAGAGUACUACUUGAAAUGUGGAGGAAGGGUGGCUAAAACGAGAGCCGCAAUCUUACACAAAUUGAGUCAACACAAAACGAUUAUCGGUCGCGUUGUAGGGUCAGUUAUAUUAAUAGUCUAUCUUGUGUACCUUGGGUUCUGCAUGGACUACGCAUUUGGAGAUGAAGGCUCAAUCCGGCUUGUCUGGGGGACGUGUUUUGUUUUGUUUAUUAUUGGGUACAGCAACUUCAGCGAGAAAAUCUUCAAAAAGAUUGGAGGUGUUUGCAGAUGCCGGACGCUGAGAAGGCCCGUGGUUAGGAAGGGAAUAAGAUGGUUCCUUUACCUGUCCAUACUUGGGUUUAUUAUCGCUUACCUGUGUCUAACUAUUCUACAAACAAGUCCAGAGAACUUCCUCUCCCUCGCAGGACUGGUCUUCUUCAUAAGUAUCGGUUACAUGUUCUCCAAACACCCAGACCUGGUAAACUGGCAUGCAGUGUUUUGGGGGAUUACCACACAGUUCCUGUUUGCGCUGUUCAUCCUCAGGUCCAGAUUUGGAUACAGUGUUUUCAACUGGCUGGGGGCGAGACUCGAAGAGUACAUGAGGCACACAGACAAAGGCUCUCAAUUUGUGUUUGGGGACAGCUUCAGAGAUCACCAGUUUGUAUUUGUGACAAUGCCACUGAUUAUUUUCAUGAGUUCCACAGUCAACAUGCUGUACCACUAUGGGGUGCUCCAAGCUUUCGUCAAGAACUUCGGGAAGUUCCUCUACUUCUGUAUGGGUACGAGCGCUAUUGAAUCUGUGAACGCUGCCUUCAACAUGUUCCUUGGACCCUCCGAGGCUCCAAUGGCUAUUAAACCCUUCCUGCCACUACUGACUGCAUCCGAGAUGCAUGCCAUCAUGGUGGCAACAUUCGCCAGUAUUUCUGGAAGUGUUUUUGGAAUGCUUGUGAACUUUGGAGCCCCGGCCAACCACCUUCUCACAGCGUCUGUGAUGUCUGCCCCCGCCGCCCUUGCCAUGGCCAAACUGACCAUGCCGGAGACAAGAAGGACAAGGGUCCAACCAGAGGAUGCUUACAAUAUAAGAAUGGCAAAAUUUCAGAGCGUAUUAGAAGCUAUAUCUGUCGGCGCAGUUGACGGCAUCACAUUGGCGUCCACCGUCGUUGUCAACCAGAUCGUCUUCAUCGCUGCCAUUGAAUUUAUAGACACAGGACUUCAAUGGUUUGGUGACAGGGUUGGGAUGCAUCACGUGACAUUUUCGCUCCUCUGUUCCUAUAUGUUCUAUCCUCUGGCCUAUAUAAUGGGCUUCCCCAAGGUCGACCUCUUCAAGAUAGGGGAACUGAUGGGCAUCAAAAUCUUCGCCAAUUCUUUUGUUGGAUUUAUGGAGUUUGGCAGGCUGGUCCUUAACAGAAAGGAUCUCGAGCAGUACCAGCUGGUUCACAAUGGCACCUGGCACUGGCAAGAUGGCAACGUUAUUUUGGACGCAACCAAUGUAACAUUGGUCGGUGGAAUUCUUCAGAGACGUUCUGAGGUGCUUGGUACAUAUGCCUUAUGUGGACUCAACCAUAUAGGAGCUAUUGGUGUUGCCAUAGGAACGUUGAUCGCGCUUUGCCCCAAACGGAGGACAACUAUCACCAAAUAUGUACUGAGGGCGAACGUGACUGGGCAGAUGGCCUGUUUUAUGACAGCAUGCAUCGCAGGUUUGCUGUACGAUGAGUCUUUACAGUCAGCGUGAGCAACUUUAACAGUGCAGUUAUGUUGUAGCUGGUACAAUAGGAACCAGUUCAAGAUCACAUUUUAUCAAAAGCUUCAGAUUUGGAACACCACCUUUGUUUGCAAUAAAUAGAUUAUAGCUGUGUGUGUUUCCGUAUCAUGAAUACGGCAUUAAUGAGGAAUACAAAUUGCAUCAUCAGAGUCUGAUGUUUUAUUCUUAAAAUAAUCAAUGUUUAAGUAUUUUCGCCCAAUUAAGGACUUUUAGAAACCGUAUAUGAGAACAGUAUACAGCCCCUAAGCCUGGCUGC